AUGCGAGUGGUUUUGCAACAAGAUGAAACAGCAAAAGUGUUUUCAAAGCAGUUACUAAAUAUUGGAAAUGGUAAUGUCGCAGUUGAUGCCUCGAACGGGUUAAUAACAUUUCCCGCAGAUUUUUGCAGUUUUACAAACACAAAGGAGGGGCUUAGUCAAUGCGUAUUCUCAGAUAUAAACCAACAAUUUUACGAUCUCAAUUGGCUGAGCGAACGAACAAUAUUGGCGGCGAAAAACAAAGAUGUCGAUGAUCUCAAUGCAACAAUACAAAGUUUACUUCCAGGGGAAUGCUUUACUUAUAAAUCUGUAGACACAGCUACAAAUCAGGAUGACAUACUCAACUAUCCUACAGAAUUUUUAAAUUCAUUAGAAUUGCCUGGGCUGCCACCACAUAAUUUAAAAUUGAAAGUAGGAUCACUUGUCAUCAUGCUACGUAAUUUAAAUCAGCCCAUACUAUGCAAUGGAACAAGAUUGGUUGUGAAAAAGCUAAUAAAUAAUGUAAUUGUGGCAAAAAUCAUUAAAGGAAAAUACAAGGGACAAAAUGUAUUGAUCCCGCGAAUUCCUAUGAUCCCAACGGAUUUACCAUUUGAUUUCAGGCGUUUACAAUUUCCAAUACGCCUCGCUUUUGCAAUGAGCAUCAAUAAAUCGCAAGGACAGUCGCUGCAGGUUUGCGGUAUCAACUUAGAGUUUCCAUGUUUCGCACACGGCCAAUCAUACGUUGCGUGUUUGCGCGUCGCAGCAGAUGAUGACUCGUCAGAAUCAAAUAUUGAAAUUGAGCCAUCGAAUGUUGCUAGAGCAAGGCAGAUCAGAAGAAGAACUACAUUACAAGAAAUCAGGGACGAUAAAAGACAACUUUAUAAGAAAUGUUAG